UAUCAGGAAAAGGCGAUGCACCUGCUGCGGCACGUCGGAAAGCCGCACUUCCUGCGGACUGAUCGGUUCUCGGGUCUCCCAGCAGAGACCACUACUGGCUACCCGGUCCCCCACCAGAGGCGAAUUCGGGUGUAAGCGCGCCGAUCGUAUUGGCGGAGCGUCUUCGGGGCCUCCCCGAGCUAUUGGACGGGCCCCACGGGGUUGUGGAAUUCGGCGACGCCCUCCACCCUCGGCGGAAUCCCGCGAGGCGGGGCCCCACCCAGGGGAGGCCGCGCCGUCGGAAUAUCCUCGACGGUUAUCAAUAGGCGUCCCAGUCGCGAAUUGACCUCAGCUCGUGGUGGAACUCUCGCGAGAUAUCCGCUGGUUUUUGAAGUGUUUUUGGCGGGUGUAUAGUUGUAUCGGGGGUGAGUUCGCGGUGCGAGGGUUGUUUUUUUUUUUCGUCGGUUGUUGUCGUCGCGGUUGGUUGAUUUGGGUUUUUGUGUGCGCGGCCGUCAAGGCGAUAGACUUCGUCGGUGGGUGCGAAUAAACUGUCAAGACGAGGUCCGACGAGGGACAUCCCGUGGAGCGCGGUUACCCGACGGCGUCUCCUUGGCCCGCUCUCUCCCUUACGGCUCACGAACUGGACCCCGUGGCGGCCGCGUGGGGACGGAAACUCUACCCAGGAACGGGUACAUCGAGAGUUGCCGGUCCUGGUCUGAUGUUCGGCCUGCAUCACCACCAGGAUGCUACCGGGCUGCACCAUCACCAUCAACCGCGCGGGCCCAGCCUCAAAGAGGAGCCCUUGACGACGGCCCGGUCCUGGAUGCAGGGCACCGUCUCCGAUCAAAACGGAUCGCAAGUAGGUCGAGCCCAUUUCGAGAAACAGCCGCCUAGCAAUCUGAGAAAAUCGAAUUUCUUCCACUUCGUCAUCGCCCUGUAUGAUCGCGCCGGCCAGCCGGUGGAAAUCGAACGGACGGCUUUCAUCGGUUUCAUCGAAAAAGACCAGGAAGCCGAUGGGCAAAGGACGAACAACGGGAUCCAAUAUCGACUCCAACUACUUUUUGCCAACGGAGUUCGGCAAGAGCAAGAUAUAUACGUUCGAUUGAUCGACUCAGUAACGAAACAGGCCAUCAUCUACGAGGGUCAGGAUAAAAAUCCGGAAAUGUGCAGAGUCCUGUUAACGCACGAGAUCAUGUGCAGCCGAUGUUGCGACAAGAAGAGCUGCGGUAACAGAAACGAAACCCCUUCGGAUCCUGUGAUAAUUGACCGAUUCUUCCUCAAGUUUUUCCUGAAAUGCAACCAGAAUUGUUUGAAGAACGCCGGCAAUCCGCGCGACAUGAGGCGAUUCCAAGUCGUGAUAUCGACGCAGGUGGCCGUGGACGGUCCACUUUUAGCUAUAUCAGAUAACAUGUUUGUACAUAACAAUUCGAAACACGGAAGAAGAGCGAAACGAUUGGAUCCCACGGAAGGCCAAUUUCCAGGACUGUACCCGCCCCUGCCGGUGGCCACCCCUUGUAUAAAAGCGAUCAGCCCCAGCGAGGGAUGGACCGCCGGCGGAUCCACCGUUAUCAUUGUGGGCGAUAACUUCUUCGAUGGGCUGCAGGUCGUUUUCGGGACCAUGCUGGUGUGGAGCGAGUUAAUAACACCGCACGCGAUAAGAGUCCAGACACCUCCGAGGCAUAUUCCAGGCGUCGUGGAAGUGACGCUUUCGUAUAAAUCCAAGCAAUUUUGUAAAGGAGCACCCGGUAGAUUUGUAUACGUAUCAUUAAACGAGCCCACAAUAGACUACGGUUUCCAAAGAUUGCAGAAACUUAUACCAAGACAUCCCGGAGAUCCGGAAAAAUUACCCAAAGAAAUCAUUCUGAAACGAGCCGCAGACCUAGCAGAGGCCCUCUACUCGAUGCCCAGGAACAACCAACUGUCCCUAUCGGCGCCCAGAUCGCCCACGAUGGGCAACAACGGCAUGACUUCCACGUUCAACGCCUACACAGGUCAACUCGCUGUCAGCGUGCAGGACAACGGAAACGAAGACUACGGGGGUCGGACGCAAAGUAGCAGCGUCUCGCCGCGCGGCGGCGGCGGCUACUGCUCCAACGCGUCGACGCCUCACUCUUCGAACGGCGGCGGUUCUUACACGGGCGGCGGCGGAGGCGGCGGCGGCGGCGGUAACAUAAACGGCGGGUACGGCGGUACGACGCCCACCAGUACCACCUCUCAGCUGUCGAACAUGCUGCCGGGAUCUCCGUCGGCGGGGAUUUUCAAUGCCGCCCCUAUUCCUUCGGAUUUAAAUUCAUAUAAUUUCGCCGCGACACACUACACCAAACACGAACACCCACAGCACAAAGAGACAAGCGCCUUCGCCCCGCCGGCGAGGGCUUCCCCGGCCUCCCCUGCACCAGCCCUCUUCCACCAUCAGCACCGCUGGUCCCAUUUGCCCGCCUAAAAACCGGCGUAAAAACCCCGUCUGUUGUAGGAAUGAGCCUGGUCUCGUCGCCGUUCGCCUCGAUGAACCCGUUCGCGUUGCCCACGUGCAACGCCCAGGGCUACGGCGCCGCCAGCGCGGCCCUGGUGGGCUCCAAAUAGCCCGAAGACCGCCCGACCGCCAGCCCUUCGACGCCCGAUAGGGACGUCGCGACGCCGCCGAUGUAUUCCAGUGCAUAACGCGUACCAAAGACUCUAGCGAAACUGGGAUUUCGGCAUCGCUUGUUCGGAUUGAACUUCUUCGAUAUAUAGGGUGGACCGAAAAUUUUACUGUGAUUUGAUGUUCGGAAAUUUAUUGUCUACACGAAACAAAACUCCUUCUACUCUAGUUAUGAAAUAACAAUGUCUGUUACUUUUUUGGUACACCCUAUAUAAAGUGGAUAAUCCAUUACAGCAUUGCCAAAACCCCUUGAAUUCGUCGAUUUGUACAUACACUUUAGUAAAUUUAAGAAAAUUUCGUAAUUAUUUGGUUGUCUCAAUUUUCGCAAGAUUAAUUCUCCAGUAAAAUUGGACAAAUUUCUUCUUAGAGAAAAAAGAAAAAUCCGUUCGCACAUUUUUAAUUUUUCGACUAAGAACCUAAUGAACUGUGAUCGUUGAAAUACUUAUGAAGAGUCGAUUUACUCAUGGAAAUGCUCUAUAUAAAAAAAAUAUUUCGUGAUAAAUCGAUUUGUACGAGGGGACAUUAAUUAAUUCGAAUUAUAUAAGUAAAUAUGCAUAUCACGUUUAUCGAUUGUCCCUCGUAGAUUUUUCUUUCGGACUAUUUAAUCAUAUCUCUAUCUAAAACACGGAUGAAAUACAUAUCGCUUUAGAGCUGGGACUAUUACAAAUUUAUCCAUUUAAUAAUGUUUGUAAGUAUAAUAAUUUUAGAGAUGAUAAAAAAGAAAUAAUGUACAAAAAUGUAAAGUAACUUGAAGGUUACACAACGACUAUCAAUAUAUUUUGUAAAGUACCAUAUCGUAAAAAAAUGGUUUAUUUUCAGUUUUCUUGUUGGUAGAAUUGUAUAUACUUUUAGAAAUAAACGAAGCAAUUUAGAACGAAUUACGGGAUAUUAAUUAGAGAAAAAAAUUGGAAAAUUUGACAAAACAAACAGAAAUUUAUUAUUAUUUGUAAUUCGAAUAACUGGCCGAAAUAUUUUUUUCUAGGAAAUAUCCCGUAUAAUUUUAUAGCUAGCAAUUUUCGAAGAAAAUUAUAUUGUAUCUACCUACCUAAAAAGUAUACGAAUGAAACACUUCCAAAAAUAAAAUAAAACUAAUUAAACGAAACGAAUAAAUCCUAUAAAAGUCAUAAACCGAAAUUAAAAGAAUUAACGAGUCGAAUAAAUUUGAAUCAUGUAUAAUUUGUACAUAGUUAUUGUUAUUUUUACAUUUAUUUUUGUCGAUAUUCAGAUAUUAUAUUUUCUUUAUUUUCUGCAAAUAUUUAUUUCGUUACCUUUGUGCAAUUAUGAGUUUUUUUUUUUCGUAACUUUAUUGAUGUAAAAUAAAAUUUAUACAAACCAA